AUGGCUGUGGCGAAUCUUCAUCAACACCAGACCCACCAUGUCGUUUCAGUCAGCUCCUUGAUGCCAGCCGCAGUUUGUUCUACUCCUGCCCAAGGUUCCAAAAGCUUUAGUGGGCUACUGGAAGUAACUCACAAAUAUGGGCCUUGCUCACCACUGAAGAAAAGGAAUGCAAAAAUUCCUACUCUUCGUCAGAUUCUGAUCGAUGACCAAACCAGAGUCAACUCCAUCCAUUCCAAAAUCUCCAACAAAGAACCACUAGUAGAUUCUAAAGUAUCACUCCCAGCCAAAUCUGGCGAUUCCAUAGGGACUGCAAACUUUCUUGUCGAGAUUGGAGUUGGAACACCAAAGCAAAAUUUCGCAGUAAUCUUCGAUACAGGUAGUGAACUCACUUGGAUCCAAUGCCAACCAUGCUCCGGCCAAUGCUAUAUCCAACAAGAUCCCUACUUCAACUCUUCCGCAUCCUCCACCUAUUCCAACAUCCCAUGUGUCUCCAAUGCAUGCUCGCAACUUCAAUCAACAGGCUAUGCACAACCAUCCUGCACCACCAAUUGCCUCUACGAGGUCAAUUAUCUUGACAAAUCUUACUCUAAAGGGGACUUUGCAACAGACACACUAACACUAUCUUCCUCUGAUGUCUUCCCCAAUUUCAAAUUCGGGUGUGGUCAAGACAACAAAGGUCCAUUUUUAUUGGGUUCCGCAGAUGGAUUACUAGGGCUUGGCCGUAGUCAGAUCUCUAUGGUAUCACAGACUGCUCAAACUUAUGGAAAGCUUUUCUCCUAUUGUCUUCCACCCACAACCACCUCCACUGGCUUUCUUGCAUUUGGUAAACAAGCAGGAAGUUCCUCUUCUACUCCUUUUCAAUACACUCCACUACUAACAAAUUCGAACCACCCCUCCUUCUAUUUCCUAACUAUGACGGGUAUAAGUGUUAAUGGGCAGAGUCUAUCAAUCCCAGAAUCAGUAUUUACAACUUCAGGAACCAUAAUAGACUCUGGAACUGUCAUCACUCGUUUGGCAGCAACAGCCUAUUCAGCUCUCAAGUCAGCAUUUCGUCAAGCAAUGUCCAAGUAUCCCACUGCGCCGCCGCCGUAUUCAUUAUUCGACACCUGCUAUGAUUUAUCUGGAUACAAUACGGUAGAUUUACCAACCAUAGUACUGCAUUUUGGUGGAGGUAGUGAGUUGAAUGUUGAUCAGUCUGGGAUUCUAUUUGGAGAAAACUCAAGUCUAUUCUGUUUGGCUUUUGCUGGAAACUUAGAUGAUACAACUGUGGCAAUCCUUGGAAAUACACAACAGCAGACAUUUGAGGUGGUUUAUGAUGUGGCAGGUGGAAAGCUGGGAUUUAGCGCUGGAGCUUGUGGUAAAUGA